AUGCGGCCAGAAGAGAUUGAGAACAUAUUGAAGCGGUUAGAAAAUGGUGAAAUUUCGGAAGACGAUUCCACCGACAAUGAAGAUGACAUAGACUAUUAUUCGAGCCAAAGAGAUCGUCUGAUGGAGCUAGAUGAUGAAGAGGAUGUAGGUAAUUUUCCCACUGACCCAAACUUGGAUGCAGAUCCGCCUGCAGCAAACGUAGAUACCGACAUGCAACAUAAUUUAGAGACUGUUGAACGAAACCCAACUCCUACAACCAGCAGCCAGAACAACCUGCAAACUGCACCUUUCAACUCUAGAAACUUAGUGUGGAGAGUAAAAAAUAUGGAUUUAGUCCAAAAUGCUUUCCAGUUUGCUGGAAAUACUGAGUAUUCACAAGAAAUUAUGAACUUAGACACUCCAUUUCAGUUUUUUUCUUAUUUUUUCGGUGAAGACAUUUUGAGAUUUCUAGUGGACGAGUCAAAUAAAUAUGCCUUCCAAAAGAAUCCCAACUUUACAGAACCUGUAACUGUCUUAGAAUUACGUAAAUUUAUUGGAAUUCUUAUUUUUACUAGUGUAUAUCAUUAUCCUAGUGUCCGGUCAUACUGGUCAAACAUUACAAAGUUUGAACCCAUAGUACAAACAAUGAAUCGCAACAGAUUUGAUAAAAUUAGAGAAAUUUUUCACAUGAAUGACGACUCUAAACAUUUGCCCAUUGAUCACCCCCAGCACGACCGACUGCAUAAAGUAAGACCAGUGAUAGACUAUUUGAACAAGAAAUUUAUUACUUUACCGUUUGAGCAUCGUCUAUCACUAGACGAGCAGAUGUGUUCCACAAAAAUGAAACAUUUUAUGAAACAAUAUUUACCCAACAAGCCCCAUAAGUGGGGAUUCAAAUUAUACGUGUUAUGCUCUCUGUCUGGUUAUGCCUACAGUUUUGAGAUUUACUCGGGAGCUAAGGACAUGGACCGUUUACCUGGCGAACCAGACCUCGGAGCUGUGUCGAAUACAGUUACGACCAGUACCAAGGCAUGUCAAUCAUAUAAUUUAUUUUGA